AUGUCCCGCGAUCAUGGUGCUAGUGGACCUGGUCCUCAAGCUAAGACUGAUGCGCCUGCGAAGCCAGAGUGCCGCCACCGUGAUACCAUCAACAACGACAGCAGCAACAUGAAGCACAACAAAGACAGACCCCACAAGAGUCACGCCGGCACCAACGGCACCAACGGCGCCAGCAAUGCCAGUCGUCGCCUCGCAGACCUACCCGAAGACAUCCUGGAGCAGGUCUUCAAGACCCUAGCCGAGAGCACGCCAGGCGACCUCUGCAGCGUGUCACUUGUCAACAAGCGCUGGCAUGACGUCGCCGACUCGGUUUUGUACGAAGACGUCCGCUUCGAGAAGCCUGAGCACCACCUCACUUUUGGCGAGUCGCUUACACGCCGCGAGCGCCGCGGAUCCGCCAUCCAAUUUGCGAGCCUCGAGUAUCCCACCAGCGAGCUGUCGCACUUAAGUCUCAACGGCCACAUCGCCAACUCGCAUUACACGCCAGCGCAUUUCGACAGCCUCGUGCGCACCAUCUCCACCAUGUCCAACCUGCAGGAGCUCGAGGUGUCCGUGCCUGUAAACUUACUCGACGGCAUCGGCGCCCUGUUCAACGGGCCCUUCGACCUAGCCUAUCUCAAGUCAUGCAGCCUGUUCUAUCAGUGUCCAGACAACGCCUACUGGGAUCUCCGCGACAACAUACACAUCUUCGCACACCCGACGCUCGAAACGCUCAUCAUUCGCAGAGCAAAGCUGGACUAUCGCGGGUUCGACUUCAUCGAGCGGCCCCACGAGCUUCCUCUGAAGAAACUCCAUCUCAUCGAGUGCGACAUCAGCGACGACGCUCUCGGCGAUGUUCUUGAACUACCAAAAGCAAUGGAAGAGUUCGUCAUGACGCAAAGCCCAGAGCCGACGCCCGAACUGGAAGAGAGCUCCGACAACAUGGGCGACUACAUCGUCGCUCUACGCUCACAAUGCGAAUCCCUGAAAAGUAUCACAAUCGACUUCCCCACGAUGGGCAGCCGACGCUCACUCCGCAUGCGCGACUUCACCGCACUAAAAGUGCUUCGCAUCAACUGGGACUGGCAGCUCUUCGGGCGCAAGUCCAAGAAGCCGCGCCUUGACUCCUUCGGCAUCCCGCCGAACCUGGAGAAGCUUGAGUUCUUCAACGAGCUCGGCACCGAUGACGAGGUCGCGGAGUUGCUGGACUACCUCAUCCAGACAAGCGAUGUCGCGGCGAAAGCGGUCAAGACCACGACCCUCGCCAAGUCGGUCAACGCAAAGCUAGCGAACCAGCGGCCCAUGUUACCAAGAAAUCGCCGAGACAGCUACACCAUCACGAUAGCAUAA